CUUCAGCCAGUGCUGCAUAUUUAUCGUCACCCUCAGGAUUUCAGACACUUCUAACGGACUGAUAGCCAUGGGACAGUGAUGGCACAGACACAGCAGGAUUUUAACAGUGGGAAGAUGCUGAUGGGCAAAAAUGAAUCUUGGCUCUCUAAUUUCUCCUCUGCUGCCUCCUCCUUUGUGAAAGGAGGUGGCAACUGGGCAGAGAUUGGCCUCCAGGAGGUGGUCAUUGGGCUGAUACUGACCCUUAUUGACCUGAUCACACUCCUGGGAAAUACGGUAGUCUUCAUCUGCCCCGUGGUGGAGAAGAGGCUGCGCACCGUCACCUAUAUGUUUAUCAUGUCCUUAGCCACGGCAGAUUUCCUCGUAGCUUGCCUGGUCAUGCCCUUUAGUAUCAUUUACGAGGUGACAGGGAUGUGGUUGUUUGGGAAGCUGUUCUGCAAAGUCUGGAUCUCCUUUGACGUCAUGUUCUGCACUGCGUCCAUCGUCACGUUGUGCUUCAUUAGCCUGGACAGAUACUGCUCCGUGGUGACCCCGUACCACUAUUCAAGAAGGAUGUCCCGUGGCAGAUGCAUCGUGAUGACCUGCAUGGUCUGGGUAUACUCCUCCCUCAUUUCCUUCCUUCCUGUCAUGCAAGGCUGGAACGAGAUCCCCGGGGUGGACUUUGAUGCAGGCAGAGAAUGCAUCUUUGUCACCAACUGGAUUUUUGCCAUCGUGGCUUCUGCUCUGGCAUUUUUCGUCCCCUUCAUGGUCAUGUGCAGCAUGUAUUUCUUCAUCUACCGAGCUUCACGGCUCAAGGCCACUCGUAUCAUGUCUCAGACUCUGGAGAUUCACUACCACCCCAACAGCAAGCGGCAGAACCAUCUGCAGCUGGAGAACAAGGCCACGCGGACCAUUAGCAUUAUCAUUUCAGUCUUUGUGCUGUGUUGGCUGCCGUACUUUGUCCUGAAUGUCUGGCUCGCUGCCAGAGGCACCGACUCCACCAGCACGGUCUUGGUUGACACCUUCAAGAUCAUCACCUGGUUAGGGUAUUGCAACUCCACCAUCAACCCAAUGCUCUAUGCUUUCCUGAACCGGGACUUCCAACGGGCCCUGAAGAAGCUGCUCAUUUGCAGGCACAGGUCUCAGGUGGACAUUGGAGAAGACAUGGUUUCCAUAGCCACAUUUUCCAAGACUGCUCCAGACCUAGAAUAUAGUAUUCCAGUGCCAGUGCCCAAUGGUGCCCCGAAGGGCAAACCCAAGUAAUAGGGACUCAGAACGUUGCUGGAGGUGGUGGUACGGAAAGUGCCAGAGCACAUCCUCAUGGAAAAAUAAUGCAUAGCAAAAUAGGGCAAUGAGGGCCUGGGAUAUUACAGCUAGGGGUAUAUGACAAAGAUCCUUUUCUUCAUCUUCUACGGUUUUAUUAACAAGGAACUUUGAUAUUCUAGGGGUAAUUUGUUACAACUAAUGGAGCUGAUUCCUUCCUGGGUAAUUAGUUUUUUAAUGAGCAUUUCCUAAGACAAAUUCAAUCUUCAUGCUGGGGAAAAAAAUCAGUAUGAUAACGUGAACUUGUCUUUGUGUACAUCCUAGUGAUCUACAACAUAAGGUGGGAUGGUAUUUCUUUCUUAGCAAGCCAAUGUAGCUUCCAUCUUGCAGCUUACGUUACAAAUUUGAGCAGUUUUAAUAACUCCAGGUGUCAGUCUGCGUGUGGGAGUUAGAUGUGGUCAAAGAGCAGAGGUCAGUUCUUUACAGAGGCAAAGUGAGGGUUCAACUCACUUCCUUCUGAAAUAUCAAGAGGUUCAAAGCUUUCAGUAGCUUUCUGUGAAUUAUCUGUGAAUUUCCUUAUUAAUUCUGGAAAGGAAUAUCCUAUGUGUCAGACCCCAGGAGAUGAGAAAGACUUGCUGUAACAGCACACCGAGUGCCCAGGGGGUUCAAAGCGGACUAACAGGUGACCAAGACCAGCCAAAGAGGGGAUGUGAAGAGGAAUUACUACUUGAGUGUUUUUCACUGUGAUGUCUAUGCCUUGAUGCCAUGAGUGUAGCUAUAGAGUACUGCUGGACCACACAGCCAUAAAAAAAAUGAUGAUAAAUGGGAAUGAUUAUUUUUACUACUCCCAAGUGCUUGUCUGGACUUCAAACAGCAUCCAAGAGCACCGGCUCCCUGGAGGAGGGGCAACCCAUCCUCACUGAAGGAUUAUCCUGAAAAGGCAGGACUGCUCCCGAACGACUCUGCAGCAUCUUAACAGUGAGUAAAAGCAGGAGCUGAGUCCCCAGGAUCACAGCUUUUCUGUAGCAGGCUCACGGGAGGACUGGUGACUGCUCAGACAACAGCCAUCGCUUCCCCCAGCAUGGUUCUGGUGGGGUC